AUGUUCAUGUUCCUCCUUGUUUUUUGGCUCAAUACCCAAAUUCACUUCGGCUUUGCUUCCCGGCCCCCGAAUAUUUUGUUUGUCAUUACAGACGCUUUUGAUGGAAGAAUUCUCAGUGAAAAAACAAAGCCAGUUGCUCUACCAAAUUUAGAAAAACUCCAGCGCGCCGGCACGACUUUUACGAGGACCUACUGUGCCUCGCCCCUGUGUGUUCCAUCAAGAGCAGCUCUGUUCUCUGGCCGGCAUAUUCAUAAAACAGAAAGCUGGAAUAAUUUUCGAGGGCUUUCAAAUGGUGUUGGAAACUGGACCGAGGACUUGAAAAAAGAAUUUCUUGAACAAAACUUAGUUCGUUACAAAAUUGGUCUAUUUGGUAAAAUUGAUGAUCACUCAGGCGACCAUUCAGAAUCAGAGCGGAUAGAAGCCUGGACAUCUAGGGUACAGGGAUUGACGUUGAGACAGGAGCCUAGACCGACAGUCGAGCUUCUUGGCAAUCAAAAUACCAAAAAAGUUCAACUCAAAGAUUGGAUGCGACUGAAAAAAGUGAGGUCGUUCAUCAAAAAGGCGUCAAAAAAUUCAUCUUCUCCAUGGCUUGCCUACUACGGAAUUAACCUCCCUCACCCUUAUCGAACCAAUUCUGCAGGGCCCAAUGCUGGUGGAUCUACAUUUAAGACUUCGCCCUAUUAUUUGAAGAAAGUGGACAAAUCAAAGAUCAAAGCUCCAGUUUGGAAGAAAUUCCAAGACCUUCAUCCUGUCGACCAAUACGCGGUCGUUACAAAAAACUGCUCUGGAAGCUGGUCAAACGAAGAAAUUCUCGAAAUCCGCGCGUACUACUUUGCGAUGCUUGCAGAAGUGGAUGCGAUUCUCGGCGAGCUUUUCCGUUCAAUUCCAAAUUUGAACGAAACCGUCGUCUUUUUCACUUCUGAUCAUGGAGAUCUCGCGAUGGAGCAUCAACAGUACUACAAGAUGAGUUUCUAUGAAGGCUCCGUCAGAGUUCCACUAAUUGCCGCUGGGCCGCCAUUCAAAAGUGACAUGAGAAAACAUGAGCCACGAAGUCUUUUGGAUAUUUAUCCGACUUUGUUGUCCUUAGCCAAUACAACGACCGAACAUGAAAUUGACGGAUUGAGCCUGUUGCCGGACAAGAGAAUCAGUUCAAACCGCCCUGUAUUAGCACAGUACCAUGCAGAACAUAUGAACGCGUCUGGUUACAUGAUCGUACAAGGAGACUACAAGUUCAUUUUCUACAGUCAGCAUCGAUACCAACUUUUCGAUCUGAAAAAUGAUCCCGAAGAACUUCAUGAAAUUCAGGAUGAAAAUAUUGCUCGAAAACUCCGUCGCGAGCUGCUGAAGCACCUUGAUGUUCAAUCAGUGACUGAAAAAGUUGAGCGAUACAACAAAGAAUCAUUCCUUCAGUGGAGAAAUCAGAAAGGAGAGGAUUAUGAAGAUGCAAUAAGCAAUCUUCGCUGGGCCGAGCAUUUCAACGAAAAUAAGCAUAAAAAUCUCGCCCUGAUCGAUCGCUGGCUUUACGACUUGCCGACAAUUUCACUUGAAGUUGACAAUAAAAACCCACCAAAAUAA